UAUAAAAUAGGAAUGUUACAUCCUUACUGCUGCCCUCUAAACUAGUUAGAGUGCAGCACGUAUGCAAUACGCGGGUAAAAAAAAUUUUAUUAAGGCUGUUCAUUACUUCUGGUUUUAUAAUGGUUUACGCCAAUGAGAAUAGGCCUAAUUCUUAACUUAUCGCUGAAGUCAUAAAGGUUAGGAAACAAACAAAGUUGUUAUGUUUCACGUGCAAAUCUAACUAAUAAAAUAAUAAAGAUAAUAAAAUUAGUAGUAAAGUUAUAAAAAUAAUAAAAUCAAUCAUGUCACAAAAGAAAAAAGUGCUUAUGAUUUGUUUAGGAAAUAUUUGUCGUUCUCCAAUCGCAGAAGCUGUUUUUGAUGAUAAAAUUAAGAAACUUGAUUUAACUGAUCAAUGGGAAGUAAAUAGUGCAGGUCUUAUAGGAUAUCACACCGGUAAAAGUCCAGAUCGGAGAGCUAUGUCUAUAUUAAAACAGAAAGGACUUACAAGUUAUUCUCAUCGUGCUAGACCAAUCACAGUAGAUGAUUUUGAUAAAUAUGAUUGGAUAUUUGGAAUGGAUGUUCAAAAUAUUCAAGAACUAAAUAAAUUAAAACCACAAGGUAGUAAAGCGAUAAUUGAAUUGCUUGGAAAAUAUGAUCCACAAGGAGAAACAAUAAUACGUGAUCCUUAUUAUGAUGAUGAUAUCACUGGAUUUGAGAAGGCAUAUGAUCAAUGUGUAAGAAGUAUUACAGCAUUCUUACAAAAGCAUAAAGGAAAUAGUUGUCGUUCUCCGAUAGCAGAAGCAGUUUUUAAUACAGAAAUUAAAAAAAUGAAUUUAGUUAAUUAUUGGGAAGCAGAUAGUGCAGCAAUUUUAAAAUAUCAUAUAACAAAAGCUGAUUUUAACAAGUAUGAUUGGAUAUUUGGAAUGGAUGGUUAUAUAAUGGAAUAUUUGUACAAAUUAAGACCAGAAAAUAGUAAGGCUAUUGUUGAACUUCUAGGAAAAUAUGAUCCAAAAGGAGAAACUAAUAUAAGAGAUCCAUUAUUUGACAACGGUAGUUAUGGAUUUGAGAAAGCAUUUGAACAAUCUUUAAGAAGUAUACAAUCAUUUUUAGAGUAUCAUAAAAAUAAUUAAAAUAAAAUUUAGGAAAUAUAUAUGCAUGACUAACUUAAAUACUCUUAAACAGCACUAUUAACCAUCUAUGUGCUUGCAUGCAUUGUAUACUUUUCAUAAUAGCUUUGUAUAAAUGUACAAAAAAUAUAUACUGAUGAAUCAUGUUAUGAAACUAUAUUUUUGUUUAAAAUAUUAACCAAUAAAAUAAAAUAUGUGCAAAUCAUAAUUAAUGUGAAGUAUAUGAUAUAUGAGAAAUAUGUGAUAUAUGUGAUAAAUGUGAAAAUAUAUAAUAUA